ACCACUUCCUCUACAAUCUGAUUAGACUGGACUAAUUCCUCACUCUCUGCCGAGAUUAACUUCCUAAUGGCCCUCUUAGAAUUCCUAAUUUUAACAGCUUGAUGAAAGAAAGAAGUACUCUUAUCCCUCACUGCUAAUCAAGAGAUUCUAAUUUUUUGCCAUCAGAAACUUCCAUAAUUACGAGAACAACUUUCUAACGUAAAGUAAUGAGUUGUGAUUUCAAAUUUAACUAAUGAUCGAAAAACACAGGGAUGGGAUACGGUGACAACUCCUAAGGGGGUUGUCAAAUUGACAACCAAUGGUAUUUUGGGUAUAAAAAAGGAAUAUAUUAAUUAUCUUUUUUGUAUUAAUCUGAUUGGGAAUUAAAAACCCACAUUAAAUACAAUUUUUUUUAAAUUUAAAUCAUAUACAUUAAUAUCUCUAUCUCUCUCUCUCUUCCUUUCUCCUGCGGCCACUCCGCUUCGAUGGACAGACUUUUUCUCCGGCGAAUUCUCUCCAGCAGACUCCCUCCGGCAACCUGAAAAAUGUACCAGUGCGUUAAAAAGUAUACCAAUCCAUUAGUCUACUGGUAAUAAAUAUACCAAUGCUAGUGGUACGCUACUAGUGCGUUAAAAAAUGUACUAGUGCUAGUUGUACGCUACCAGUGCUAGUGGUACGGUACCAUUACCACUUGUAGCGGUACCAUUAGCAGUACCAGUACCACUGGUAGCGGUACUAGUACCAUUAUCACUGGUAGUGUACCACUAGAGACUAGCACAAAAAAAUCAGAUCUGAAAUAUGAAAAAUCACAGAUCUGGAAAAAAAAAAUCAGGGAUGACGAAAGGGGGAGGCAGGGGAGAGGCGGUGACCUCGUGGCGAUGGUGGUGGUGGGAGACAGAGGGCGGCGGGAGGGUUGCGACGACGGUGGUGGUGGGAGGAGGAGGCCGCGAUGGCUGCGAGGCGAGGGACGUGACAGUGCUGGGAGGCUGAGGACGCGAUGACGGAAGUGAUGAGAGGCGGAGGGGGGGCGGGUCGGCAAGACGGCUGCGACGACGGUGGUGGCAGCUGAUGGAGAGAGAGAGGGAAGAGAUGGGAGGAAGAAGAAAGAUGGUGUGAGAGAGAGAGGGGGGAAAGAGAGAAUGUAGGGUUUUAGGUAUUAAUAAGGGUAAUAAUCUAGUGUGGUCAAUUUUUUUCGUCCAAAAAUACCCUUAACCCAAUUUGUACCAUUGAUUUGAAAAAGAAAAAAAAAGAGACAAGAGAGAAUGAAUCCUAUGGUUAUAAAAUGAGUUGUCAAUCUCACAACCUCUAAUGGGGUUGUCACAGUAUCUUAUAAAAAAACACAUCAAGAGUAAUUUGAGAAGUCUCUGUUUACGGUUUAAUAUCAAGGAGAGGAAAAAUGGCCCGGAUUUCUUUUUUCAGAAAAAAUUGAGCUCCUACCCUAAUCCCCAAAUUCUCUUGAGUUGAGCUCUAUUCUACUCUCUGGAUACUGGGGUUGUGUAUUUAACAAAAGGGCGGGAAAGUUGAAAUUAUCACCGCAUUUUCACUCCCAUGGGCAUUAGCUCUUUCUUCAAUCCAAAACCCUAACCUUGCCACAGCUCCACUCCCAUUCCCAGAAUUCCGUCCAAUGGCAGCGAUCGACCCUUUCGCGUCCAUAGCCGAGCUAUGCUCGUUAUCGUCUUCCCAAGAAGAGUACUUGCUCCGCUCUCGUUUCGCGCUGGAGCCUCCACCCGAUUCUCCCAUCCCAUUCCUCUCCGACUCCAGCCAAGACGCCGCUUCUGCCGAUCCCCGCCUCGAAUCAACGCCGAUAAGGAUGGAAUCUCUGCCAGAGACCCCCGUCGAGGAGAAUCAACCCGAAGACAGUCCCGGCGGCGGCGUUCAGGCGACGAGCGGCGGAGCUGGAGAUGACGACGACAGCGACAAAGAUACCGUGGUGAUCGGUGGCGGUUCUUCGGAAGAGGAUUCGGCAGCUGUCGACUUGAGCAGGGAUACGUAUCCACUGUUCUCCAUUGAGCCCGAAUCGGAGUCGACGGAGAGGAUCGAAAGCCAGGACAAGGUAAUUCUCUGCAAUUCUGAAGAACCUAGGGCGCUAGAUGGGGAAUUGGGUUUCGGUGAUGGUGGUGUUUGCAAACCUCUUAUCACAGUAUCUAGAAAUUCUGAUAAAGUUGGGGGUUCUGGAAUUUCCGUGAGUGAGAAGAAAUGGAAGGGACUAACAAGAUGCCUGGGCUUAUUGCAGUCGGUAUCCGAGAAGCGAGAGGGUAGUAGUAGUUGUUGCAGAACUCCAUUGCUGCGGACUCCGCAAUCUCAUUUGGGCAGCGACCCGGCUCUAGUUGUACAGAGAUCGAUAGUUUCUUUGCAGAAAUUGGGGUCUCCAUUGAAAGGACUAGCAACUGCGAGUGAGAAACAAGGGGGGAAUUUCAGCAAAAGCACCUCUCUGCAAACUUCACAAGCUAAUUUGGGCAUUGAGCCAGCUCCAGUUCUACAGAGAUCUCUGAAAUCUCUGGAGAAAAUGGGGUCUACCACGCAAGAACGAAAACAAGGACCGAAACCUGUUCAGGUUGGCAAUCGGUUAGCAUCUGCAAUAGCAAUAGAACGCACGGCUGAUGGAAAGAGUGAAGCAGCACAACGAGGAUCAGCUGCAAAGAGGAAGCUGGAGUACGUUGGUGAGGGUUUGGACUCAAAUGCUGCUGCCGAAACUAACAUGGUGGAAACUGUAGAGCACAUGACUAUGAGCCAGGGAGAUGCUUCUGUGCGUAGAAGUGGUAAAAGAGCUAAGGAACCAAGUAGAUCAUCUCCAGAGAUGGCUGCAUUAUUGGGUCUCCUGAAUAUUUUUGCAGCAAAGGAACCUGUCCGUGAUUCCAAAGUCGAAAGCAUGAGUCUCAUUGACAUUUGCAAGAUGCACGGCAUGACCUUUCCUUAAGGGAAGAAGUCAUUUGAUUGUCCAGAAAGGUGAGGAUAAAACUGGGUUUUAGCU